CUCUGUCCCAGCAGGCAAUGCACACACUACGGAGAGCGUACGUAGUGAUAACAGGCUAGGACAAGCUAGCAACGGAGGCUUUUGUGGUUUUCAAAACAUUCCAGAAAUAAAACCUAUUGUUUAUGCAAAAGAAGUCAAAGAAACAGCCUACGUGUCAUCAGCAGGAUUAGGGAUGGAGUUCCCUGUGGACGUGUUGGGAUCAGUGAGACAUGAGGAGGAGGAGCAGGAGGCAGAGGGCUACAUGACCCAGCUACGAUACGUCAGCCCCGACAAGGCCGAGCGCUUUACCCUGCCCAGCCACAGAAUGAUCUGUAUCAGUCUGUGUAACGUUGGUUUUGUUCCCAUCUAUGGAGGAGACCUGAAGCAUAAGAUUCUGGCCCUGUUCUCCCCAGAGGACCAGCUCACAGCGGUAGCUUUGUUUCUGGCGGGUCAGUGGUGGUCUGUCGAGGACAUCCUCAGAACCUCCGACCCCUCCAGAACUGGCCUCCUCAAGGUGAGGAGUCUUGGUGAGCGGAUCGUCCUGUACAUUCUGAACCGUAUCGUGUACCGUGUGGGUGAGAUGGACAAACCUGAGGUGCCCUUCCUGUGCCACGGACAGAACCACUUCGCCAAGCUCCUUUGGAAGGAUGGACACGCCGUCGGCUUCUACUCUGUCAAACCCAAAGACAGCUUGUGUAAUAGCUUUGUGACCCAACGCUACCAGCUGCCUGUCAUGGACUCCAUCUUUGUCAGGAAGUGUCAUCGUGGAAACAGUCAUGGUCUGCAGAUGUUGGAGGAUUUUGUGGACUCUUUCAAAGAUGACCAGCUCGGCCUGAAGUACCCUCUCUCUCUAACCAUGUAUAAAGUGUGUGGCCAGUAUCUGUGUCGGUACCCGGCUGACCAGGACCUGCUGUGGGUGGUAGAGGGAGUGGGAGGACCCUACCAGAGGGAGAGAGUGGCCAACAAGAUCAAAACACUGAAAGUGGUGCUCCCCGUGGUGACGGCUAAUGGAGAUCACCAAGCAGCCUCUCUGGACAGCGCAGACGUCAACAUGGAAGAGGGCUCAGACAACUGUCUGGACAUCACCGAGGAUGUUUUGGUGCUGAAUAAGCCCCUCAAGUUAAUAGAAGCCCUGGAGGGCACACCAGUGUCAACACAUACCUGGAGUAGUGGACAUAAAAAGCGUGGCAGAGAAGAGAUGGAAGACUCUGAGGAGGAGAGCCAGCCUCUGAAGAUGAACAGAUUGGAGGAGGCAAAGCCCACCACCACAGCUGUAGAGGGAGAGGAGGAAGGAAGCGGGGGGGAUGAGACAGAGUCUGGAGAAGCAGAGGCUGCUCUGUCCCCUAUAGAGGAGGCCAAAGCUCAGGAGGCUGAGGUCAAAGGAGAACUGACUGAUGACCAGGGAGAGGAGGAAGAGGUUGCCACACAGGAGCCUGAUGCUGUGCUGGAGAACAGAACGACAGAGGAAGAUGUGGAAAUGGAGGAGGAGGAUACGAAGGAGGAAGACUCCAUUGAGGCUAAAGACAUCGUAGAUGCAGCUCCUGUGGCACCAGAGGAAUCAGCUGAGACGGAAGCUGUGGUGAAGGAGGCUCCUCUCCUGUUAGAAGAACCAGACUCUGCUACAGAGAAGGCCCCUUCGCCUGCAGAGCCCUCCCUCUCUGGGGAGGUGAUUGAGGAGGCAGGGGGCGAACCUCCAGAGGAAGCCGCAGCUACACCCAUGGAAGGAGCGUUAGAGGGAGAAAAGGAGGUGGCGGAGAAAGCGGUGAAGGAAGAGGAGAAAUCCAUGGAGGCGGCCAUCACAGUGGACAGCAGUAGCCAGGAAACAGUGGUCCAGGUGGGGGUAGCAGACCUGUCCUACCAGCCUCCGGAGGAAGGAGAGAACCAGCCUCUCACAGAGGAAGAAGGAGAGGAGGCGGCAAGAGAAGAGGUCAAAGAGGACAAAAAGAAAGAGGUAGAAGAGAUGGAGAACGUUACAACCACAGAGGAUGAGAAAGAGGAGGGAGAGAGUGAGAGCUCAGACGAGGGUGGCGACGGUAAGGUCCUUUGGAGGAGAGGCAGUGGCCAAGCGGCGGCGCCUAAACAUAAAUCUAAGAGACUGAGCAGAGUGGUCAUGGAGCCCGAGGAGCAGGGCACAGAGCAGCCGGAGGUCAUGGAGGAAGAGGAGGAGAAAGCUAGAAUGACAGAGGAAGAGGGGACUGUAGAGAAGAGCUUGGCUGAGGAAGAGGUGGAGGAAGAAGAGCACCCACCAGUGAUUGACCAGAGAGCAUUGAGGAAGAAGAGCCGACAGGUCCAGGCUCCAAAGAAAGCCAAAGGGAAACGACGCAGCAAGAUCUAAACAAAGCAGCCGUUGCAUAUAUAAAAACACACACAAAACACAUGUUUAGAGGUGUGCAGUAAGGGAUGUUUUCUACUUGGUUUUAGGGUUUGUAAGGCAUCUAAAGUUAACAUGUAUUAUCUCUGUACGAUGUUUACUUUAGGUCGUUUUAUGAAAGGUUUAAGUACAUGAAUACUCAAUACUCGCUGUUGCAAUAAGUCAAUGUGAAGUCUUUUUAAUGUUCAGAUGGGAUUUUAUUCUUGUUUUUAUUUCCUUGUUCUUUCAGUACUGACUGAGAUUGUGUUUCACAGGUCUGAUGUGGUAGUUUGAAGAUGAUUUUCAUUCUCUAGCUCAGUUAAAUGUUUUCCUAUAGCCUGGUCCUACACUGAGUCUGUGGUUUUUACAUUCAUACUAUUUACAGUAUUGAAAUAGUUUGGGUUGAAAUGCAUCUCUUAGUUUGGAGUGGUUGCAGGAGUCAUAGAAGUUCUGUUCCAAUGAAAGCCUAGUGGACCCAGUUGCUCUUGAAGACCAGGUUUUGCUACACCCCCUGUUUUAUGACCAGUCACUUGUAUUAAGGAAUGAAAUGUUCCAAAAAUACCUGGGGUUUUCUCUGUGUUGUCUUGUCUCUUCAGAUGCACUGAAAUACUUUUUAUUUAGGAAAAAGCUGUGCAUGAACGUCAAUUAUAAUAUGUAAGUUGCACGGCACAGACGCACACAUGCACAUUGAUAUAUAAACGUGUAUACACACAAAUAUAGUAUUUUGUGAAUAUACCCAGUAACUAAUUUGAAUAGGAAAAAUAGAUUUGGUUAUUAUUGUUCUUGCCCAAGUAUAAUUCAAGAUUAUAAUUUAGACUUUAUCUUAUAUCUAAUAGCAUGUUUAAUUGCAAGUGUAUUGAUUUAAGGCUAAAAUAUGUAUAUUACAGUAAGUAGAUGAUAGCAGAAUUGAAGUGAAUGUGACUCUAUAUACCAGCGAUAUUUUUGUUAUAUACACUGUUGUAUAAUGGCACAACAUUCAGUAUUUAGAAACAAAAAUUUGCUGCACAAGUUGAGCUAUUUCCUCAACUAAUUUGAUGCGUCAUUGACCGUGUCGCUUCACUGGUAAAGGGUACAUUGAGCCAAAGAUGUGAAGCAGAAUCUGUCAGUGGGCUAUUUAUGUUCCAUGGAUAUGGGUUAAUAUAUAGACCCUACACCUGGGUCGUAUUCAUUAAGCACCAAACGAAAGAAGAAAACCUUAAACAGGGACGGACUACCUGAAACUGAUUUGAGUUUUUCUUUGCAAAACGUUUUGCUGCGGUGGGUAGUAAUGAAUAUGACCUGUGUUGAGGGAUUGGAUGGCAUUCCCCAGUGUUUGAGAUGGUUCUAGACAGUUGCAUUGACAGUAAAGGUGCUUUCCUCUGUAUGGAAGGAAACCUGUUAUAGAUUUGGCAGAUCGUGUCAAUGCAACUGUUGGAUGUUAUCCAUAGAAAUAGAACUACUCAUUUACUUUAAUGGGGAUUCCCCUUUCUAAAAGGUAUGUUUCUAUGAUGUAAACCUCCUUGAUGUCAGAAGGACACUCUUUCCCAGAUGGUGGAUGAGUUGGGUGUCUACUACCCAAUAUCAGUAAAGCUGACACUAUUUAUCCAUUGUUAGUCUAUUGCAUAUAUACCAUAUUUUUUAAAGGCAAAGUAUUUCUCUGUUAGUAUGACUGCUGUUUGUUAGCAUUAGCUGUGUCCAGACAGGUCAUGUAAAAGACUAAAAAGAAGCUACAUCGUAAAACACCUGGUGGAUCUCAAUAGUCUACAGGGUUUUUGUCUCCUUAGCUCUCCUUCACCUGCACUGAUCUGAAAACAACUAGAGAGAAGCUAAAGCAAUAUGGCAGAAACCUACCUGGGGAUUUUCCACUUCCAGAUCAGUGAAGGAGACAAGGACAGGAUGCCACUGUAUGCACCCCAAUUGUUGAUUGUGUAAAACCAGUUUCAACCACCACUACACUUGUGGCUUGAUUCCUUUACGUAUGUUGCUAUCAUCCACCUGUUAAUACUCUGACCCCGGUCCCCCAAAAUGUGAAUAAAGGCUUAGUCUUAACUCAGAUGUACGGAA